AUGACAAAACGAAUACGUGAGGGAGAUUCCUGGAGUGAAUAUGCAUCUAUUGCCUAUACAAAGAUUGAGAUCACAGAUGAGAAUAUUAAAAAUGGAUGCAUUGAAUUUCGAAAGAAACUGACUGAACAAGUCAUAAUUCAUUUAAGAGAUAGAAUUCCUGGGAAGAUUGUGGAACUAAAUAAUAAAGUGAAUAUAUCAAAUAGACCGGGAAGUGUAUUAAAUACAGAUGAACUAAGAGAAGUGACUAUAGAGGAUACACCUAUUAGUAUUUCAUCAAAUAAUCAAAUAAAAGAGCUUGUGACUUCUGUAAAAAGCGAAGUUAGUGAACUUAUUGAGAUGAUUGGAUCUAUUAAAUUGUGGGUACAAUUAAAUAUUCCACAAAUCCAAAAUGGCAACAAUUUUGGUGUUGGAAUUCAAGAAGAAACUAUACAAGAAUUAGGACGAGUUGAGGAUGCUACAUUUUCUUUGUAUGAAAGUGUAUGUAAAUAUUAUUCAGAGCGAGCUCGUCUGUCAUCGAAGGUUAUUAAGUACCCAGGUGUGGAAGAUUUCAAACAAGCAAUACGAGAACUUGACGAGAGAUAUUGGGUCUCCCUACGUUGCUCUGUAGCUGAUAUGAGGAAUCACUAUGCUUGGUUACAUGAUCUAUUAACAAAAAAUUGGGAGAAACUAAGUAAACCUAGAAAUUCGGAAGAUAUAAAUAUGAUUUACUAG